AUGCCAAUUCAACACCACUUUACACGUAGUGAAAAUAUAGCUCUUCCCUCUGAUGCAUCGGGAUGGAAAUGGGCGACUGGAGCUGCAGAAAAUCUUACUAUCAAGAAAGAUGAUCAGUCUCUUGAGAUUAAGAUGAAAACCUCUCCGAAAGGCGAUUACUGGAGAAAAACUCAUUACGAUUUUAUACAUGAUGAUGGAAACUUUUUAUAUUUAAAUCGUGAUGAUAUCAAGACGAAUCAGAAUUUUGAAAUUCAAGUAAAAUUUAAAGGAGAUUAUCAAAAAUUAUAUGAUCAAGCUGGUAUUAUGAUUCGAGUUGAUGAGAAAAAUUGGAUCAAGACUGGUAUUGAGUUUGUGAAUAAUGUAAAAUAUGCAAGUGCUGUUGUUACAAGAGAUUUCAGUGACUGGUCAACUAGCCCAGUACAUUUUGAUAAUGAAUCAUGGUUUACUAUUCGCGUUGAGUUAGUGAAAGGAGAUGUUAAAGUGGAAUAUAGUCUUGAUGAUGGAGCCACUUUUCAUUUACUUAGAAUAGCUCAUCUUUUUGACAUCAAUACAGAAAGUGAAAACACCAUACUUCAAUUGGGAAUUUUUGCUUGCUCGCCCACGAAUGAAGAUGGAGUUUCAAUUGAAUUUAAGGAUUUAACAAUUAAGCAAUUAAUAUUGUAG